AGGGCUGGAGAGAUGCCAGGCUGCUUGAGGUACCUGCAGUUGCUACAGGUUUUGCUCCACAAAACACCAGUCCAGGCAGCGGCGUUUCCUCCUGCGUGCACUCGGCAGCCCCAAGCCCCGGAUCCGACAUGGCAAAAUGCGGAGCGUGUGGUCCAGGAUACGCAACUCCCCUGGAUGCCAUGAAAGGUCCCCGGGAGGAGAUUGUGUACCUGCCUUGUAUCUACAGAAACACUGGGAUAGAGAAACCUGACUACCUGGCCACUGUAGAUGUCGACCCCAAAUCUCCACGCUACUGUCAGGUGAUCCAUCGCCUGCCCAUGCCGAAUCUGAAGGAUGAGCUCCACCACUCUGGGUGGAAUGCCUGUAGCAGCUGUUUUGGGGAUGCCACAAAGAGAAGAAAUCGUCUGAUUCUGCCAAGUCUGAUCUCUUCUCGGGUUUAUGUGGUGGAUGUGGGAACAGACUCCCGAGCUCCUAGAAUCCAUAAGAUUGUUGAGCCAGUGGAGCUAUUCUGGAAGGGUAAUGCAGCUAAUCCUCACACCUCUCACUGUCUGGGCAGUGGUGACAUCCUAAUCAGCUGUUUGGGAGACCCUUCUGGCAAUGGCAAAGGUAGUUUUAUUUUGCUGGAUGGAGAGACCUUCGAAGUGAAAGGAAAUUGGGAGAAUGGGGGAAAAGUGCCCGCCCUGGGUUAUGAUUUCUGGUAUCAGCCUCGACACAAUGUCCUGAUGAGCACUGAGUGGGGAGUCCCAAAGUUCUUGGCAGAUGGGUUUAACCCAGCUGAUGUAGAGAAAGGGCUGUACGGCCACCACAUCAACGUGUGGGACUGGAGCACUCACACCUUCAUCCAGGCCAUUGACUUGGGGAAGGGCUCCAUACCCCUGGAGAUCCGAUUCCUCCACAAUCCAGAUGCUGCAGAAGGGUUUGUUGGAUGUGCUCUGAGCAGUGCAGUGCAUCGCUUCUACAAGACACAGAAAGGGGACUGGGCAGCAGAGAAGGUGAUUGAAGUACCCAGCAAGAAGGUGCAAGGAUGGCUUCUCCCUGACAUGCCUGGUCUCAUCACUGACAUCCUCAUCUCGCUGGACGACAGGUUCUUGUACUUCAGCAACUGGCUGCACGGAGACAUCCGCCAGUACGACAUCUCCAACACCCGCCAGCCCAAACUGGUGGGGCAGGUGUUUCUGGGAGGCAGCAUUGUCAAAGGUGGGCCUGUAACAGUAGUGGAGGACAAGGAAUUGCAGUGUCAGCCAGAACCAUUUGUGAUCAAAGGGAAGAGAGUGCCUGGUGGACCUCAGAUGAUACAGCUUAGCUUGGAUGGGAAGAGACUGUAUGUCACCACCUCUCUCUACAGUGGCUGGGACAAGCAGUUCUACCCAGAUCUUGUCAAGGAAGGCUCUGUCAUGCUGCAGAUCGAUGUGGAUACUGAAAGAGGUGGAUUGAAAGUGAAUAAAAACUUCCUAGUGGAUUUUGGGAAGGAACCUGAUGGGCCUGUCCUAGCUCAUGAGAUUCGUUACCCUGGUGGAGACUGUUCUUCUGAUAUCUGGAUGUAAUUGUUCUCUGGAGCUGGUUUUGCCACUUUUUCUCUCUGUCUCCUGCCCUCCACUUCCCUUUCACACAGGGGAAUCGGGUCAGCUGGAACUUUGUCCGCUCUCUAAAUUCAGACAUCCAUUAGGAUGAGCUACAGAAGCUCCACAUUCUUCUCAUUCUGAGGCAGCCAAGUGAAUCUUUCUGAAACAUGAUAUACUUCUCAUUUUUCUCUGCUCCUUCCCCUUCCAUAAGAUCCUGUGCAAUUACUAUUGACUGUAGGUUUCAAGCCCAAGGUCGUCAGCCUUUUGUACUACUUUGUUGUGCCACUCUCUGCCUUGCCACUUCUUGUUGGUGGAGAAACUGUAUCUAAGUAACUCCAUGAGAAGGAAACAUUCCAUGGGCUUGCCCCAGAGCCAGAGUAUCCUGUCGCUGCAAAGCUUAAGCUGCUUUUAAUUUGCUCAUGAAGUAAUCAGUGCUUUACAGCAGACACAGCAUAAAAAUCAUACAUUUCUCAUCUGUUUCUGGAGCUUGGUUGUAUUUUAACAUUUCUGCACAAAUACUAUAAAAAAUCAGCAAUAAAAGUGUUCUUCAAGUCA